CCUUAACCGGGAGCCGCCGGUCUGGCGCGGUGGGGGUGCGGACUCUGGAGCCCAAAGGCCCAGACAUGGGGACGGAUGACGGCGCUUCGGUACCAGCUACUCUGGGUCGGAGGUGGUUCUGCUAUGCACUUCCUGAAGUGAUGAACAUCUCUCCAGCAUGGGUGUGAAUUCUUCCAGCUGUGCUAAACCGCUUGAGUCGGAGGUCUGCAUCCAUCAUCAGUCCACAUCAUGCACAAACCUGCUUGUUUCACGGGGCGAGAUGAAUACAUCAGCCGCCGUGACGCGCUUGAGGCCUCCAGACGUGGCCAUCCUGCCAUUUAAAGGGUUUGUGCCUGGACAUCUUGACCUUUCUGUGAAUGACCGUGUCAUUUCUCAGUUUGUGACCUCUGCUAAUACGGUGGCCGACUCUUUUCUUCUUUCACAGGGGUGUGACUCUGUCCCUGGCCCCUGUGCUCUCUUUCCUGUGAUUUCUCUUUCGGGUGACCACGAUGGCGCGGAAAAUCCUGCGGUUUCCAGCAGUCCUGUGGUCAGUGGCGAUAUUGAGGGAGUCUCGGUGGUUGCUGCAUUCACCUCUCUAACGGGCACGGGGUGGCCUCCCGGCCCGGGAGUAGUAGGUGUGUGCAGUGAUGCUCUGCUCAGGGCCCCGCCUGACAAAGGGGAGGUGCUGAGUGGCACUGAGUUUUCCGUUGCGGACUUCAGGCUAUUCGGGGGAGCCCCUCCUCCGAGCGGGCGGGUCAUUGCAGAAAUCGACACUGACCUUCCACCACUUCAGCUGACAACUUUGACCUCCGACCCGGAGAUAGGUGCUGCACCUUCUACGGGGCGGAACUUUAGUCAGUCUGUAACUACUCUGGUUAAAUCGGGUUUUUCUGAUCCUGUGUGGGAACCUCCAUCAUUCUUGGGAAAAAAGUAUUCUUGGCUUCAGUUUUCAGGACAGACCAUGUUCCUAAAGCUAGCAACAUGUCUGUAUCUGGUUCUACACAUGGCUAGGUUUGCUUUGACACCCGUGACACAACCAUCCUUGGAUAACUCCUUUUCAGAACCUCUAGGUCCAACACCCCCAGAUCGUUGGACAUCUGCACACCUGCUCUUUCAGCACGAUUCAGGUGACUAUGUGCGUCUUCUUGGUAAUAGGGCUUUUAAGAGCUUAAGAACUGUGGUUUGUUAUGCUUCUCCUGUCUCACAGACACGGCAUAGGUUUGAUAAACAAAAGGAGGGUGGGGAGCCUCCUCCUGCUUUGCGAGCAUCAUUUUCGCAUCUCCAGUUCACUACUAUUUCUGAUCACAACAAAGUCGCCUGCGUUAAGCUGAUAAACAUCUUUGAACAGGUAAAAUCAGGUUCUGAUCUAACAACUAAACCAUCCGCUUCGCUCCAGUUCCAAACGGGACCUAGAGGUAAAUUCAAACAAGUUUCCCUGUGGGUUCGUAACACCAGAUACAAACCGCACGAUGACCAAAUCUAUUAUGACACGGCUCCCACAGAUAAAUUCAGACUUGUUUCUCUGUGGGUUCGCAACACCAGAUUCAAACCGCUUUCUGAACAUCAAUUCUGACCGAAUUCUUUUCCACUAACUGGUGGAACGUUACAAAUUCAAUCUUUGUUGGAUGAAUUUUUAACAAAUGUGAUAUCCUUUGAGUUUUUUUCAGGAUACCUGCCUCCAGCCAGGGUCCUGUUACUAACUCACAUUUUUAGGGUUUACUAACCUACUGAUUUACAUUUUUAGAACUGAUUUACACCUCUAUCUUUUAUUAGUGCUUUGUGUAAUGUGAUUAUUUUUGAUUACAAAUUUUAACCUGUUAAAGUUUCCCUUAACGGGCUACAAGCCAAUUUGCCCUUCAUUUUCAUUUUUUUAUAAGCCUUUAAUAAGUGCAGCCUGCUGAUUUUCACAUAUCAGUUAGGAUUUAAUUUCUUUUAUUUGUGUUUUCUCUGCAUCAUGUUUUCACACGACAUGUAGAACAGGGUGCAGAACAUUUCUUCUUUAGAUAAUUCACAAAAUGCCUUCACAUUUUCCCAGAGGUACCCAUAGAUAGGUUUUUGAUCAUUUCUUUGAUUUGCAUCAAGCGCAAUCUAUCGUACGGGCUGUCUCACUUUGUCUCCUUCUUCGAGCUCGUCUGAGGGGUCGUCUUCACCUUACUUCAUCUGGUUUCCUGUCGCAUGGGGCUUCGGUUGUGAUUUGAGAGGAGUCGAGGUCGUCACUGGACUUCACCUGGACUACGCCCGAGGAUUACAUCACCUGCCCACCUCUGUGUGGACACACGGGCUACCUUAUCCUUUGAAUAUACCUUUACAUUAUUGCUGAUGAAAAUUAACUGCUAUUGAAAUAGCUCUGCUUUCAAGAUUUCCUAAGUGGAUUACUUUACAAUGAUUUGCAACAGUUUUGGGCCUUAAUCAGCUGAUCAGGAUAUACUCCUUUCUACACGAGGCCUGGGGAGACGCUUCAUCACUCCUACCUUCAUCUGGAACAUGCAUGUCUACCUUCAUGAGUUCGUCACGUUAAUGAGGUCACGACGUCAGGUGGUUUUUGCUUGACCACCAUGUCGUCGCGAAGGGGGGGAAUGUAACGUGAGGAAAUAUGGGUUUUCUGUCACAAAGGUGAUACUUGGCUCAGCUGGGUCAAUAGCUGGGUCGCUGAGAACUUUCACCCACAGAUUGAGACCUUUGCAGACAUGAAGUCUGCAAGAGUCUGCUGGAAACCAUAACAUCUGCCACCUGCAGUACCAGAAGAUGUGUUCCCAUGGAAAUGUAGUCAUAACAAGUCUUAAACUUCCUUUUCUCUAUUUUAAUGAUAAAGAUUAAUCCUUAUCAUUUUGCUCAUUAUAAAUGUGUUUUAAUCAAAUGAAUGAUUAUUAUGCUUUGGGUAAUUAUAAGGGAUUAAUGAAUCCAUACUUAAUUAAAUAAUGUUUGAGGAUGUUUUAGUGGUGACCUUCACACACACACACACACACUCAAACACACCCACACACAGAUUCUCACAGUAAACUCCAAAACACAUUUGCUGACGCACACGUUUUGCUUUGAGAAGAGAAAGGCUUUUGGUAAGUUUCAGCUCUUGGUUCAGUUCGUGCUUGACAACGAAAGAGAGGAGACCUGAAUAAAUGCUAAAGGGGGGACGGAGCCUAUUGGCUCAUCCCCCCCCCCCCCCCCCCCCUCUCACGCUAUUCCUGUAAGACAGACAGGAAUAGCUUAAUUACAAUCGCUAACGCAGACUCAUCCAGAGUCUUUGAUUUUCUGAGUGAAUUAAACUUAAGAAAGCACAUCUGCAAACGCUUUAUCCUCACGUGUACCGAGGUCAUCUCCUGGACCGGGUCGCAGCACGCCUUCGUCUUCUCUGCCAGCCGAGGUGUCACCCCUGGAUGAAACAUCGUCCUUUGACAUCCCGGGUCCAAAAGGAGGGUCCGAAUACGGUGAGACAGAACACGAUAGAUAGCGUUGCUGCAUCUUUUCAAACAAAACCUAAGUUUAUCCAAACCAUCACUUUUCACUCAGACACCUGUUUCUUCCUGAAGCAAAAUCAGAUGCACACACGCAUUCAUCUCACCUCAUUUUCAAUUCUCACUACACUUUGCACACACGCAUCCAUAAUCACAUCACAUCACUCUCAAUCUUCAGCACCUCCAAAACCAGGACUAUUUGAGCAAGUUUACAAUAUUAACUGUUAAAGAUUGUUCAACAAAGUUGCCAAUGUUGAUUGUCAUUUCGAUGUUUGUCAUUUCAAAAAUCAUUAGUUUAGUUUGAAGAAUUAAAUCUUUUAACUUUCAAA